UUGUUUUUGUUUUUAAUCGAACGAUGCCUGUCAUCUGACGCCUAACGCUAUUGCCUCCAUAAUGGCGGAGAUAUGAACUCGAAACCGCUGGUUCAGGUCAUGGAUAUAAAGCUGAUUGGGAGCACUCAGGAGCGAUACCGGUUUUGAUUUCUGACCGGUCUCAACUCAGCACGCGAUGCUUGCCACUCAGCUUAACGACCGAGUCAAGACUGGUCAAGUCAAGAAGGAUCCGUUGUUCAGUUGAUUGAAUACAUCUGCAGCACUGUUCAAAAUCGCAAGAUUAUUGUUGUACUGAACAUGGAAACUAUUAUACUGGACUGCGAAAUCAUUGGGAAUCCAAAAAUGUUUACAGAAUCGGCGUCAACGACUCAAAGAGCAAUUCCAAAUGGAAACCCAGAGCACCCGGUGCAGAUUAAUAAUUUCGGUGCUCCAAAUCCUAGCACAUUUAACGCUCCAAAUCCUAGCACAUAUAAUGCCCCAAAUCCUGGCACAUUUUCUACUCCAAAUUCUACCACAAGAACUCCAAAUACUGGAACAUUCAGAGCGGCAAAUUCUGGCACAUUUAGGGCUCCAUAUCCUGGCAAUAAUGUACAGAGUUUUCGACCCACUGUUCAGCCAUCAUACCAACCACCUCCAAACUACAGAAAUCAUGGUCCAAUAUUGAAGAAUGAGGCACCGGCACGAAUCAUUCCUAUUGCUGCGUUGAAUCCUUACCAAGGCCGGUGGGCUAUCAAGGCAAGAGUGACUGCGAAGGGAGAUCUCCGACGCUACAAUAAUGCUCGGGGGGAUGGGAAGGUUUUCUCUUUUGACCUCCUUGAUUCUGAUGGAGGGGAAAUAAGAGUGACCUGUUUUAAUGCUAUUGUUGACCGCUUCUAUGAUGUUAUUGAGGUUGGUAAAGUCUAUUUGAUUUCAAAAGGUAGUUUGAAACCUGCACAGAAGAAUUUUAACCAUUUGAAGAAUGAAUGGGAGAUAUUUUUGGAGGCUACUUCAACCGUGGAUCUUUGCCCUGAGGAGGAUGGUUCAAUACCAACACAGCAGUUCUCCUUCAGACCUAUCAGUGAAAUUGAGAAUGCUGAAAACAAUUCCAUAGUUGAUGUUAUCGGUAUUGUGAUAUCUGUGAACCCGUCAGUUCCUAUCUUGAGAAAGAACGGCAUGGAAACUCAGAGAAGAAUUUUGAAUCUGAAGGAUAGAUCUGGUAGGAGUAUUGAGCUAACUCUUUGGGGAGAUUUCUGCAGUAAGGAUGGUCAAAAGCUGCAAGAGAUGGUUGAUGUUGGUUUUUUCCCUGUUUUAGCUGUUAAAGCUGGGAAGGUUAAUGAUUUCAGUGGGAAAUCAAUUGGGACGAUCUCUUCAACCCAGCUCUUUAUAAAUCCAGAAUUCCCAGAGGCCCGUGACCUGAGAGAGUGGUUUGAUCGAGGGGGAAAGGAUACUGCUUCCAUGUCCAUUUCUAGAGAAAUGCUGGCAGCUGGUUCUAAGAAUGAAAUACGCAAAACUGUUGCUCAGAUCAAGGAUGAAGGUCUUGGAAGAUCUGAGAAGCCCGACUGGAUCACUGUGAGGGCAUUCAUAACUUUUAUUAAAUCAGAUACUUUCUGUUAUACGGCUUGCCCAUUGAUGAUUGGAGAUAGACAGUGCAAUAAGAAAGUGACACAGUCUGGAAACAGAUGGGAAUGUAACAGGUGCAAUCAAGAAUUUGAGGAAUGUGAUUACAGAUAUCUACUUCAGGCCCAGAUUCAAGACGAGACAGGUUUGACUUGGGUAACAGCUUUCCAGGAAUCUGGUGAAGAGAUCAUGGGCUGCCCGGCCAAGGAGUUGUAUGUGUUGAAAUAUGAAUUGCAGGAUGAUAUCAAAUUCGGAGAGAUAAUAAGGAGUAGAGUCUUUAACCAAUACCUUUUCAGGCUUAAGAUCAAAGAGGAAAUGUAUGGAGAUGAGCAGAGGGUGAAGAUCACUGUUAUUAAAGCAGACCAGUUGAAUUAUUCUUCUGAAAGUAGGUACCUUCUCGAUUUGAUAUCAAAGCUCAAAAGGUGAAUGAUUUUAGACCAAGGUUAAAUGAAUGAUCAGCAGUAAAAAGAAAUGUGUAGUUGUGGUUCUUUGAAUUGAUC